GAUUAAUCAUCCAAAGACCAAAUUCCGAUUUGCAGUUUUCGAAAUGUUUUAUCACAAAUAAUUUUUCAUUUUUAUCAGUAAUAAGUUUAUUCUUGUUUAAUAUAAAGUACCCGAUUGUUGCUUGAUUUCUUUAGUGUUUCGUAUAAUUCAAUAAUUUUGGAAAAAGUGAAAAUGGGCGACUAUUUGCCAGCGUGUGUUAUCGAUGUCGGAACGGGGUACACAAAACUGGGUUUCGCCGGGAAUAAAGAGCCCCAAUUCAUCAUUCCAUCCGCCAUAGCGAUAAAAGAAACCGCUAAAGUCGGUGACCAAAGUACGAGGCGAAUGACCAAAGCCGUCGAGGACUUGGAUUUCUUUAUCGGAGACGAAGCAUUUGACGCCACCGGAUACGCAGUGAAAUAUCCUGUGCGCCAUGGUCUAGUUGAAGAUUGGGAUCUGAUGGAGCGAUACAUCGAACAAUGCAUCUUCAAGUAUCUACGCGCAGAGCCCGAAGAUCACCAUUUUCUCAUCACGGAACCGCCUCUGAACACUCCUGAAAAUAGAGAGUACUUGGCUGAAAUUAUGUUCGAAUCAUUCAAUGUUCCUGGAUUGUACAUCGCUGUCCAAGCUGUUCUAGCUCUCGCCGCCUCGUGGAAGUCUAAGACGACAGCAGGGCGUACAUUCACCGGAAUAGUGGUAGAUAGUGGGGACGGUGUCACCCAUAUUGUCCCAGUAGCAGAGGGCUACGUCAUCGGAUCCUGUAUCAAACAUAUUCCAAUAGCAGGAAGGAACAUUACUUCCUUUAUUCAAUCGCUCCUCCGUGAGCGUGAGGUUGGUAUACCUCCCGAACAGAGCUUAGAAACAGCAAAAGCUAUUAAAGAGAGGUACAGCUACAUCUGUCCAGAUAUUGCUAAAGAAUUUGGAAAGUACGACAGUGAUCCUACUAAAUGGAUGAAGAAGUACACGGGCAUCAAUUCUAUUACCAAGAAUCCAUUUUCUGUAGAUGUCGGAUAUGAAAGGUUCUUAGGUCCAGAAAUUUUCUUCCAUCCAGAAUUCUCUAAUGCAGACUUUACGGUGCCUCUUAAUGAAAUGGUGGACGAAGUUAUUCAGAGUUGUCCCAUUGAUGUGAGAAGGGGUUUGUACGGCAAUAUUGUGUUGUCGGGUGGGUCGACAAUGUUCAGAGAUUUCGGUCGGAGACUACAAAGAGAUAUUAAGAGAACCGUUGAUGCGAGAUUAAAGGUGUCCACCAUGUUAUCAGAGGGAAGGAUAACCCCAAAACCCAUUGACGUCCAGGUUGUGUCCCACAACAUGCAAAGAUAUGCCGUUUGGUUUGGUGGUAGCAUGUUGGGCUCCACCCCGGAGUUUUAUCAAGUGUGCCACAGUAAACAGGACUAUAUGGAAGUGGGCCCGAGCAUCUGCAGGCACAACCCAGUAUUCGGCACCAUGACAUAAAUCUUAAACUAUUAAAAUUACUAAAUAUAAGUAUAAUUUUACUUUUUUGAACAAUUUUAUGUACCCGAAUGACUAACCAAUAGUAUUUGCUUGUCUGUAAGAAUGUUAUAUUACUAUGAAUAAAUAUGAAUUUAUCGGCUGGUUUAUAAACAUGAGCAUUUAAUGUAUUGCAUUCCAGCUUUUUACCAAAUAUAGAAAAUUUUUAAAUAAA